AUGAGCAAACGACAGUUCAAAGCGCACGCUUCUAGCAGCCGCGCAGCAGCACCAGGCGCAGGGUUUGGAGGGUUUGGAGGGUUUGGCUCUUCAAGUACCGGCAGCACACUGUCAUACCUCUUUGAGCCACCCAACCUCUCUUCCAUCAGUGAUGCAAACGUCAUUGUGUGCUUCAAGAACCUCCUGAAGAAGGACGGCACAACAAAAUCUAAGGCGUUAGAGGAUCUACUAGCAUACGUUCAAGCACACCCGCACGAGGAGGGAGGUGGGGCUGAAGAGUCGAUCUUGGAAGCAUGGGUCAAAUUCUACCCUCGCCUUGCUAUAGAUAACUCCCGUCGGGUCCGUGAACUGUCUCACAACUUACAAUAUGAGCUUCUCAAGUCGGCGCGGAAGAGAAUGGAGAAGUACAUAUCAAAGGUAGUGGGAAGCUGGUUGGCUGGGACCUAUGACAGAGAUAGAGCUGUAGCCAAAGCAGCAAUGGAUGGCAUAACCUCGUUUCUCGACACGGACGAGAAGAUUGCCAUGUUCUGGAAACGCUGCCAGGUCCAGAUCAUCGAUUAUGCCCAGGAGGCUAUCGAUGAAACUCCUCAAACCCUUAGCGAUGAGCGGACCAUGAAUGCUGAUGAUGUACAAGCAAAAUAUUUCCGAGUUGUUGGAUCAAGCAUAUCCCUCGUGGUCAAUCUGCUAGCCAAGCUUGGCAGAGAUGACAUACUCAAGCAUCAGGAUAAGUACGAGGCUUUUAUUUCUAAGAAUAAAAGGCUUUGGGCGCUUGCGUCCAGCGAAGAUGCAUUUGUUAGGAGGGUUACAGAUCAAUUAUUGAUUGUUUGCUUGGACAAGCAGCGCGAAAUCAUCGAGAGCGAUCUCGAAUUGAUUAGCAAUGCUUUUAUCGCAGAAGCAUUGCGGUCUUCGCAGUCAUCAUCGGCUUUCCAGCUCCUACAGGCUUUAGCAAAGCUGACAUCACAGUUUCCUCUUGCCUGGACCUCCUCGUACAAAGGAAAGAAGUCGCCUUUGACUAGACUCCGCAACUUUGUCGAGAAAGGCUCUCAAGGGGGACCUUCUGCUUAUUGGCAGUCUCUUCGAUCAUUGCUUCAGCUUUUGCCAAGUGGAGUGCUUCCUACAGAUAUCGAAUCCUCGUUGGAUUUUCUUCAUGCUUUUCGUCAGGGCGUUAGCAACAGGGAAGAGCCGAGGAGCAACGCCGCGGAAGCAUGGUCUAGCUAUUUUGAAACUGUCACACUUCUCGUCAGAAACAUCUCUGAUCCUUCAAUUCAAAGCAAGCUCUUUCAGGAAUCUGUCUUUCCGGUCUUUGAGCAAUAUCUCCAUCCAGUCACGGAAAAUUCCAAAUGGUCUGUUGGUAAUAGCACUGCUCCAUUAGCAAAGGCAUAUCGCAUUUGCGCUGCUGCAAAAGGGGCAGAGUUACGGAGGUCAUUUUCCGACGAGUGGCACCGUUUGGCUGAUGAUUUCAUCGCAAGAAUUCGGACGUCGCUGCCCGAACAGUCAGGAGACUAUCACAAGUCUCAGACUGCGGUCGCUGCAGAAGGCCACCGAUGGUUCAAACUGCUCUCGGAGGUUCUCCAAGGUGGUCGACCUGAGGAUGACUUCCUGAUUCGUCCAUCAACCAAGAUAAUAACGACUGCUCUUGAAACGGUAGUUAGCAGAAAUGGGAAACCCUACUCAGCUACUGCAACUGUUGAAGCCGCCUUACGACUCACACCUACCCUGAUGGAGAUCUCACCCGAGUGCUUGGAGAGCGUUAGAUCAUUUAUCGAGAACCAUCUUCCAGAGUUGAUCACAUCCCCUUCGUCGACAUAUCUGGUCUCUAUUCUGAACCUGUUUCGUUCAAUACCGAGCCAGGAAGCAGUUUUUCAGAAGGUUUGGCAGUUGACCAUUGAUGAAUUACUUUCACUCCCCGAUGGAGGGCAAAAGUCGAAAGCAAUUUCAGCACUCAUAUCAAAUAACGCAGUUUCUAGUCUCACCCAAGGAUAUCCUGCACUUCAAGAUUUGUUUUUGGAUGCCACAACUAGAGCUGUGGAAGGAGAUAUCGAGGCUUGGCCCUUAUUUGAAGCUGCUAUCACUUUUGAUGGCUUGGAUGAGCCCACUGAAACAAAGCUUCUGAAUCAAGUUCUGGAAUCUCUCGAUGCGAGUGAUGCGAAUGUUGAUGGCGUUUUCAAAGCACUCGAAUUUAUUACCACGAAGAAACCAAGCGUACUGAGGCAGAGUAGUAGCACACACGUGACGGUGAUAACCAAAUUGCUUGCUCUCAUGGAGAUUUCAGAUUCCACAAUUUCCGAACGAGCAAGUAAACUGAGAACUGCUAUGGAGAACUCUGAUAAAGCUUCGAGUACUCUGGAUGGCCGAACAGAGUCACCAAUGAUUCAUGUCAUUCGCGAGAAUCUUGAGACAGCUGGUCCCCAGUCUUUGGCCAUCGAAACCAUCGUCCAACAAGCAGUGUCUAUCUUAAAAGCUUCGGCAGAUACUCUUAAUGCCGAAGCUCUUUUCCCGGAUACCGUCACAUGGAUGCGAACCCUCACACCAGUUUUGAACCAAAUUCCAAACCCAGCGUUGGGAGUCAUGCGACCUUUUGCCGGGGCCGUAUUCCUUGUUCGCUCUACACCCUCCGUUCCCAUUUCUCGGCCUUCUAGAGAUUUUAAUGGAUACUCAAUCCCACUCAGGAUGGCAAUGUACACAGCACGCUUGAUUGGGGAGUUCCCCGAGCUGCUGCCGCCGAGUGUGCUAGUAGAUAUCCUAUAUCUUCUAGAUCUCACUGCGCAACUUGUCAAUGAUCAAUUGGAUUUGGGCGAAGAGAACAAAUUGUUCGCGUCGGCAGCAGAUCCUGAUGUUAUGGCAGAGCUAAAGGAGUUUGUCUUUGCCUCCAAAUCAUCCUUAGCCCACAUCAUUCCCAACGCUAAAUCAUGGCAAGACGACUUCGAUAGGAGAAUGAGUAACGAGCCUCUGAAUAAUUCUGGCACGGCGGGCGCGUUGGUCUUCAAGCUCCUUGAAGCUUCCAACGGGGAUACACCAGCCUCUUUUUAUGCGGCUCGAGCUCUUAGCGACCUUUUACAAAAACUAGUCAAUACACAUGGUUGGCAUAACACUGAAGGCGAUUCGUGGCUCCAGAAGCUAGAUAUCCUGAAGGCAUCCACGAGAAACAUUUUAGGGGCCGUAGCCCUUCUGACUGGACUUCAAGAAAACCUUGGCACGAGCAAGAUUGCGAACAAUAUGUGCAAUCGACUCAUUAGCGAUAUUGCCGGCGCCUCUGCUCAGUCAGAAAAGACACUCGGCUUGCUCGUACUUCUAAAUGCUAGCCUAUCAGUCUACGAUGAGGGUGAUCUGCCCGUGGCUCAAAAUCGCCUCGUCUUUGCUGUCAAGCAAGUCCUAUCUUGGACUGACACCCUAUCCGCCAACAGUUUUCUCCUGUCUGAAGCAUUACAUGCUUUGCAUAGGCUUCUUCCCGCAAUUAAGGAUGUCUACGGUACCUAUUGGGAAACGGCUCUUGGUUUCUGCAUAUCUAUUUGGGAUUCAAGUGAUUCCGCUGCUCUUUCUAACGAAAACCUUCCUAUGGUCGGAAUGUCAUUGAAGCUCUAUACAAUCUUGCGGACCUUGGAAGAAGCCAAUGAUGACCUGGAAGAUUCCCUGAGACAGCUUAGCUACCAGAUUUCUCAGGGCCUGAUCAAUCUUCUGAAACUCGGCAGGUCGAAGGAAAAUCUUCCCCUUAUCUAUGCAGAUGAUCUUCUGGCAAGAGAAGUAAGGAGAAUCCCCUUAGAUCAUAUCAAGGACAAUUUGACAGACCUUUAUCCUCUCGUUGCGUCUGACUACCGGAUGGUGCAAUCAGCUGCCUUUGAUCUUCUUCAUCGAGCCCUCCCCGAAGCCCAGCAACAAAUUUCCGUUGAUGUUCUUCUGGAAAAGAAGGAUGCUCGACUUCCGGAAGAACUUCUUUCGCUCCUCCUUGAUGCACCGUCCGUGCGUGACCUCUCGGAUGAUUUCCGUGUGGAGUUCCCUACCUCCGUUCGGGGAUACUUGCUCUCCUGGCAUCUCGUCUACGAUUCUUAUAGCAACGCCUCCUACAAAGUUCGUAACGACUACAGCGAUCUUCUCAAAUCAGAAAACUAUGUCGGACCGCUCUUGGACUUUAUCUUCGACACCCUUAUCUACGCCGGUGAUCCUCGUACUAUCUCCGGCUUUGAUGCGUCGAUGAUCCGAUCUUAUGAUAUGUGGCAAGCGAAUGAUUCCGAGUCAAAUGAACGCAGUUUAGACUGGCUUCUAGUCAAUCUCUACUAUCUUUGUCUGAAAUAUACACCAAGUUUUGCAAAGAGCUGGUGGGUCGACUGCAAAUCAAAGCAGACAAGACUUGCUGUUGAGGCGGCAACGAGAAAUAAUUUCUCUCCUCUCGUCAUCGAAGAGACAUUAGAUGAAGUCACAAAGUGGGCAGGAGAACAGGAUACAACGGAAUAUGAGAAAGAGCUCAUUGUGAAAAUAUCCAAGAGGUCACGAGAGGUGUUUGCCGGAUACGAAGUUGACGAAAUGCUUAUGCAGAUUGUCAUUCGGCUGCCGGAAAAUUAUCCUCUCGAAGGCGUCAAGGUCGAGGGUGUCAACCGUGUCGCAGUCUCUGAGAAGAAAUGGAUCAGUUGGUUGAUGAUCACCCAGGGCGUCAUUACGUUCUCUAACGGUUCUAUAACUGACGGUCUCAAUAUCUUCCGCAAGAACGUGAUCGGUGCUCUGAAAGGACAAACUGAAUGCGCGAUCUGCUACUCGAUCAUAUCCUCAGACAAGAAGAUGCCUGACAAACGAUGCCAGACUUGCAAGAACCUUUUCCACUCCAGCUGCUUGUUCAAAUGGUUUGCAACGAGUAAUCAAAGUACGUGUCCAUUGUGUCGGAAUCCGUUCAAUUAUGGCACGGACUAUUCAAGGAGAGCGAGGGAGUCUGCUGCAGCAUGA